AACAAUAUUGCCGUCCCCCUCUUUGAAAAAAGCAAAGAUAACAAUAGUAUUUCUUAUACGGGGGCUAUACUGUAUAAGGAAGACAGUUUAAAUCUUGAAAUUCGUUGGUGAAAUCUGAAAAAUACAAUUAUGACGUAAUUCAUCAUCGCUUGUAUGUGUGAAGGACGCUAUCUAAGCUGCAAUAAUAAUUUUUAAUAAAGUAAAUAACGUUUUUCAAUUUGUCAUUAUGAUGAUGUGAUCUGUCAGUUUAUUUUCCUCGUUUUCAGCAUCAGCAUCAUUCUUUUAAUUUCAUUCUCGUUUCUCGUCGGGUUUGCUAUAGUUGCUUGCUCGCUUAGUCGGUGGUCACGUACAUAUUAUUAUCGCGUAAUGAAACAAUCGCAAAACAAAGUUUGUCGCUGUCAUUUGUUUCUUUCAUUGAAUUAUUUUUAUUCCAUUUCGAUUAAAAAACUGUAGAAUUAUGAAAUACCCUAAUUAGGUUAGCGAUAGUAUAUUUCUUCACGAAUAUAGGUAUUUCGUUUUUUGUCUGUGUUUGAUAACACCCGCAUAUGAAGAUAACGCGAUACAAUUAUUUCUUAUCAUUAAGUUGCAGUUGAAGUUUCAGUGUAGUGUUUGAAUUUAGAAAAAUGACUACAGAAGCUGAAGAGAAAGCUCUUCGUUACAGAAGGGCUCAAAGUGUAACUAGGGCUGAAGAAAUAACAGAAAAGGAGAAGAAAGCUAGAAGACUGCAAGUAGAUAAACCAUGCCACAAACCAAGAGAUUCUCUAUUCUCAUGGAGUUCGGAGUUCACAAACUUCACUGGUCUUGUCAACUGGGGAUUUUUGAUGCUAACUAUUGGUGGCGUACGACUGUGCCUUGAAAACUUUUUGAAAUAUGGAAUACUAGUUAAUCCUCUGGAAUGGAUCAUUGUAUUAACUGGUUAUAAUGAAGGACGCACACAGCAGUAUCCCUCUAUCAUUUUACUUAUAUUUAGUGUGGUGCCAGUUGUUUUUAGUUUGAUUAUCGAGAGAGCUAUUUCAGUUGAUAUACUUAGUGAUAAAAUAGGUAUCAGCCUGCAGAUUUCAAAUAUUGUAUUCCUGAUAAGCUUGCCUGUUGUUGUGCUGCAUUUUAGGAGUCAGGAUUUUAGUUUUGUGGGAAUAACAACUGUUUGUAUGAUAUACCUGAUUUUGUUUUUAAAAUUAUGGAGCUACUGCCAUACAAACUACUGGUGUCGGAGUAGUCUUAGAGCCAAGCCUAAGAAGACCAAACUGCGGAGGCAAAGUCUUUCAGCACCAAAUUACAAAAGCUUAGACGAUGAGAAAAGUGAGCUUGCUGCUGUGGGCCUCGUGCAGUACCCGGAUAAUCUGAACCUCAAAGAUUUAUUAUACUUUUUGUUUGCACCAACAUUAUGCUAUGAGUUGAAUUUCCCGCGUACCACACGAAUCAGAAAACGAUUUCUUAUUAAAAGGAUCGUUGAGGUUGUUUUCGGUGUCAAUCUAAUAAUGGCAUUAUUCCAACAAUGGAUGAUACCCACUGUUACGAACAGUGUACAUCAGUUUUCUGAAAUGAAUAUGAUUAAAAUGGCGGAACGGUUGCUAAAACUGGCUGUUCCAAACCAUUUGAUAUGGUUGUGUUUCUUCUAUCUUACGUUCCAUUCAUUUUUGAACUUGAUGGGUGAACUGUUGCACUUCGCUGACCGCAACUUCUACAAUGACUGGUGGAAUGCAAAUAACAUCGCGACAUUCUGGAGCUCGUGGAACCGACCUGUGCAUUUGUGGGCGUUGCGACAUGUCUACAUUCCUAUCACAGACCGGGGCUACGGCAAAUCCAAUGCCAGUAUUGUUGUCUUCUUUUUAUCAGCAUUCUUCCAUGAGUAUUUGGUGAGUGUACCUCUCCAGAUGUUCAGAAUCUGGGCGUUCUUGGGCAUGAUGGCGCAGCCGCCUCUGUCCAUUAUAUCUCGGUUCGCGGAGGUGCGGCUCGGCCCGCGCUGGGGCAACAUCAUUGUGUGGAGCUCGCUCAUAAUCGGCCAGCCUCUCGCCAUCAUGAUGUACUACCACGACUAUGCACUCACUCACACACUUAAAACACCAACAGUUAUAUAAUCUUUUUCUAUAAAAGAUUGGAAAGGAGCAAGCUGUCACCUGAAUUCGUCGAAAUGGCGAAACAAC